AUGGCAAAGGAGCCCAAGCAGCUAACACGUUAUGUCAUCCUCUUCAUCUUCUUUAUCUCUAUCGUCAUUUCUAUAAACCCUGCAUGCAACAAAAUUGAGAGAGACUCCCUUUGGUCCUCCUUUAGGACACUCUCUUCUUUAAAUUGGUUUUCUGAUGACUGCUGUGACUGGGAGGGCAUCACUUGCAAUAUGGCUGGUCAUGUCACUCAUUUGUUGUUGCCCUUCAAAGGGCUCAAAGGAGGUAUUCUUCCCACAUCAUCACUUGAAAAUCUCACGCAUCUCACCCACCUCAAUCUCUCCCACAACUUACUUUAUGGUUCACUUGAGAACACUAGAUUGUUAUUGUCUUUGAGUUGUCUUGAGAUCCUAGAUUUGAGCUAUAACCAUCUUUCUGGACAGCUACCAUUUUUACUACCAUCCGGUAAUAUGCGAACACUGGAUUUGUCCAGCAACCAUUUCCAUGCUGCAAUUGCAUCUUCAUUUUUCCAACAAGCAUGGAACUUGACUAGUUUCAAUGUCAGCAACAAUGACUUCUCAGGUUCUAUCCCAUCAUCUAUUUGUCUCCAUUCUUCUCCGUUCAUUAGGGUAUUAGAUUUUUCCUUAAAUCAUUUCAAUGGUAGUAUUAUUCAUGGAUUAGGGAAAUGCAACAAACUCCAGGUUUUUCGUGCUAGUCACAAUAACCUCUCAGGGUUACUUCCCGAGGAUAACUAUAAUGCUACCAAACUUGAAGAAAUUGCCUUACCCACUAACGGAUUGAGUGGCAUGCUCCCUACAAGUAUCGCCAAGCUUUCUAAAUUGAAACUCUUGCUCCUUCAUUUCAACAAUCUUGAAGGUUCUCUGCCCAUAUCUUUGAUGAAUUGCACCAAUCUUAUAGAAAUACAUUUGGCAUUCAAUAACUUAAACGGGAACAUCACCAUGCUUAAUUUUUCCAAACUCAGUCAACUUACUAAACUUGAUCUAGGGAAUAAUUGCCUUACUGAUGUCGUGCCAAUAAGCCUUUACUCAUGCAAGUUAUUGAAAGCAAUUCGACUGAGUGAGAAUGACCUAGAAGGACAAAUCCAACCUGAGAUUUUGUCAUUGAAAUCCCUGUCCUUCCUCCCGCUUAGUACCAAUAGAUUGACCAACAUGACUAGAGCAAUGAAAUUAUUUAUGCGUUGCAGAAGUCUUGAAUUCUUGGCCUUAGCAUCUGCUUUUGUAGAUGGGGAAACCCGAGCUGAUGUUGGCAUGGUUGAAUUCGAUGGACUCCAAAAUCUUCAAUUUUUGGAUUUGGGUUACUGUGACCUUACUGGUGAAAUUCCUAAAUGGUUAUCUAAGCUCAAGAGGCUAGGCGUCUUGUAUAUGGACCAUAAUAAAAUCACAGGGUCAAUUCCUAGUUGGAUAGGGACUCUUCCAAUGCUGUUUUUUAUCAAUCUGGAAUCCAACCUAAUUUCAGGCGAAUUUCCAAAGGAACUUUGUAGACUACCAAAGUUGUUGUCUGAACAGACUGCAGGUCAAGUAGAUGAUGAUGAGUUUGAAUUGCGUAUCUACGGAUCUAAGGGUACAUUAUCGGUGGAGUACAAGUUUUCUUACUUUGUUCCAGCAAUAUUCAUUGGGAAUAAUACCAUUAGUGGAAACAUACCUAUUGAGAUCGGCCAGUUGCAGCUUCUACAUGGGUUGAGUUUUCGAAAAAACAACUUCUCCAGCAACAUUCCAGAGCAGAUAUCUAACCUCGAGAAUUUGGAGGCAUUGGAUCUCUCCAGGAAUCAGUUUACUGGAAAUAUCCCAUCAUCAUUUACAAAGCUUAAUUUUUUGGCAGUCUUUAAUGUCUCGUACAAUAAUCUUGAAGGAUCAAUACCAAGAGGCACUCAGCUCCAAAGUUUCAAUGCUUCUGCAUUUGAAGGGAACCUAAAACUUUGUGGUCCACCACUUCCAAAUGAGUGUCCAGCAAACGAUGACAAUGAUAAUGCAGGUUACAGCCAAGACCAUACAGAGGAUGAGCAUGAAAAUCUAAUUUCAUGGUUCCACACUUCCAUCAUUCUCGGCUUCAUUGUAGGAUUUUGGGGAGUUUGUUGCCCUUUAGUGCUAAAAAAGAAGUGGAGAUACGGAUAUUUCAAAUUCCUAAACAGAGCACAAGAUUUUCUCUACGUGAUCAUAAUUGAUUGUGUGUAUGGCAAGAGAAGGCUUAGAAGGUAG